AUGCAGGUGCAGAAAGGCCGGCUUCAGAAGGCUACUCUCAUCACGCAACUGUACAUCCCCGGUCUCUCGGAGUUGACCUCUAUCUCACCACGCACUUCAUUCACAAAUCCGCUUCAGCCAUCCGCAUGCUAUUUGACCCAGUUGGCGAUAUGCCCAUCAGCCGAAGAAUGCAACUGUAUGGCGUACGCGCUCUACGGCCAGCGGCUCGUUGAGUGA